CGCGCGCGGCAUCAGCCACGAGCGUGUGGCGGUGGGAGGGACCUUCGAUAGGCUGCACGCGGGCCACCGCCUCCUGCUCGCAGUGGCUGCGCUCGCGUGCAGCGGCACCUGCUACGUCGGCGUGACGGGCGACAAGCUGCUCGCCAACAAGGCCAACGCCCACCUCCUCUGGCCGUACGAGAGGCGCGUCGCCGCAGCGACAGACUUCCUUCGCGCUGUCCGGCCGGCACUGCACGUCGAGACGUCUGCGUUGCUCGACCCCGCGGCGCCGCCAAAGGCAGCCACGAUGGAGAGCAUCAGCGCGCUGGUCAUCUCGAGAGAGACCGCCGCGGGCGGCGCCAAGGUGCAGCAGAUGCGGCGCGAUUGCGGCAUCGCUUCGCCCCUCGCCCUCGUCCUGGUCGACCUGAUCGGCGCAGAGAGCCAGCAGUCGGACGCGCCCAAGCUCUCCUCGAGCGCUCUCCGGAGCAGGGACGCGGCGGGCGAGUAAGGGCGGCAACGUGAUCACAAGGCGCGGACUUGCCUGCCGGUCUCCGCCAGGCGUCGCCGCUCUGCGUCACACCCCCUCAUCACGAACCGCGCGAGCACUCGGGCGGCACCUCCGCGCUUCGGUGGCGCUAUCUGCGCGGAACGCGGUGACGAAGGGACGUCGCACGGACAGCGUGCCGCACAAGUCGCGUAAUUAAAACAUGCGGCCUCGCGCUCCUUGU